ACCAUAUUGGCAGUAAUUGGCACUAUUAGUCCUCCUUUGCAUCCAUUGCAACUUAAAAGAAGUUCUUCAUGCUCCACAGAUCACUACAGACUUGCUGCCUCUUAUAAAAUUUGUAGAGAUAAAUUCCUUCAUUUGUAGGGAUAAUGUUGAACUUAUUCUGCAGGACCAGGCAACCUAAAAGGUGCUGCAUCAGGAAAGAAGUAGCAGAGGGGUUUAUCCAAUAUCGGUCAGAACACCAUAGACUUCACCUUUGAAAUAUACUUCUCCAACUGCUUUUCUUGUCCAAGUUAUCAAGAAUUCCUUGUGGCACCAUCGUUUAGUCAUCCCAUUAAAGAAGUUUAAUUGAGAAUGCUGUCUUUGUCGCAGGUGUCGUUUACACCGUGGUUUUAUUUGUAUCACUGAUAUUCGUGAUUACAUAGAACCAAAAUCCUUUAGGCUUCUUCUCCUAAUUCUCUGUGGCCUUAAAAGCUCCAGGUAUAGGGUGUUUGUAAGAGUAUUGUUUGUAGCGAUUGGGUUUGUAAAAUUAAUAAGAAUCUUCAUGGUAGCACACAUAGGUAUAAAGCUCAGUUAGUCGCCCAGGAAGUCAGUCAAGAAAAAGGACUUGACUAGGAAGACCACAAUAUCCGGAACCUCAUCAUCAAACCAAGGAAACCUGAACAAACUAGGAAUCCAGAAGAAACAAAGGCUGGCAUGCUUUAUGAUCCUCAGUGGCUUAUUGCACUGGAUUUCAGGAGGACAACCGGAUAAGAAGCUUUUUGAAGAUUACUGCUGUUUUUCAAGCAGUAUGACGAACAAACUCUCUGAUGAGUUUCCUUUUCCCUGUGGUUUUACUUGUAAUACUGAGAUUCAUGAUUACAUAGAACCAAGAUCCUUUCAGGCUGAUUCUGCUAAUUCUCAGUGGCAAAAUGCCAUGAUUGAAGAAACUCAGGCCUUACAAGCUCCCGGUACAUGGUGUUUAGUUCCUCUUCCUUCAAGUCUUCUGAAGCAUGGGAUUAAGUCGGUUGAGUGCUACUGGUGUGUCUAUCUCAGAUGAGGAAAAUAUGUUGUGGCACUAACGUUGUAUCAAAACGGUAAAUGGAACCACAGACUCCUAUUCUGAUGAAAAGAUUUAGAUCUCAGUUGCUUGCUGGAGAGAAAGAUUCUGAUAAGUUGAUAACUAUUAACAGCCUGUAAUGCCAACUCAGGAGCUCCCAAUCACACCUCUACUGGUUACAAUAUUACGGUACUAUUCUGGAGGAUAAAAUGGAGAAAAACAGUCUCAUGGUGGUUAUCGAUCAAGUCAGCAUUUUAAUGGAAGAGGAAGAUUAUAUAACGGUAGAUUGUGGAUAUAAUGGAGCCAGAGGCAACUGCAAGUCUGCAAUGGUUCUAAUAAGAAAAAUGACCAGUAGGAAUGGAAGAAUGAACAUGAAUUCCUCUCCUGAGCGUCAAAUUAGUGGUAAGAAAUGGCAUAAUGAAGUCAACUGCUAUUACAUAAAUGACAUCCCUGCCAUUAUCCUUCUACAUUCAUCGUUGAGGCUCAGAUUUGUAGGAAGAAAGGCCAUGCAUCUUGCACUGCUCUCACAGAGGCAAUUAUGCGUGUCAAGUAUCUGAACCUCCUGCUAAUCUUAUUGCUAUGACUGCUCAAACUUCAGAAAGUACUUCAGAGCCCGGUCCUCUCAUCAUGCCUUUGCUCAUGAAGAUGUGUGGAUUAGAGAUACUGGUGCCUGUCACCAUAUGAAUGCCAAUAUUAAUAAUUUGCCACUUGCUGCUCCUUUUGAACCUGAGGGGAAGAUUACUUUUGGCAAUGGUAUAGGUUUAGUUAUUAAACAUAUUGGCAGCACUAUUCAUUAUCGUCAGAAGAUUACUAUUGGCAAUGGAGCAGGUUUAGUUCUUAAACCAUAUUGGCAGUAAUUGGCACUAUUACUCCUCCUUUGCAUCCGUUGCAACUUAAAGUUCUUCAUGCUCCACAGCUCUCCACAAAGUUGCUACCUCUAAAAUUUUGCAGAGAUAAAUGGCUUCAUUUUCCUUGAUAACAUUGAACUUAUUCUGCAGGACAAGCCAGCCAAAAGAGUGCUGCAUCAGGAAAAUAGUGGCAGUGGGGUUUUAUCCGAUCGUAGUUAAAUCACCACAAACUUAACCAUUGAAACAUACUUCUCUCCACUGCUUUUCAUUCCCAAGCUAUCAAGAUGUCCUUCUACAUGACACCAUAAUUUAGUCAUUCCACUAAUGAAGUUCCAUUUAGAAUUUUGUCUUUGUUGUAGGUGUCAUUUUCUUUUGAUCACUCUAUUCAUUUGCGUUCCUCUUGUCUUAGUGGCAAGUAAGUACUAGCCAGUUUAUGAGAGUUCAUCUAUCCAUAGUGUCAUUGGACUCGUUUCAUACGAUCGAUACUGAAUAUGGGGUCCAGCCCCAUGCCUCUCAGACUCUCAGUGGAAGGAUGAAGGCACUAUGUUACUUUUAUUGAUGAUUGUACCAGUUCCUGUGCUUGUUUCCUUUGAAAAAUG